CCCGACACAGCCCCGCACCCACCCCGGACAUGCUCAGGGCUGUGGCCGCCCGAAGAGGGGAGAGCGCAGGCCUCUAGGAAGGUAUGGCCUCACAAGUCUUGGUCUACCCACCGUAUAUUUAUCAAACUCAGUCAAAUGCCUUUUGUAGUGUGAAGAAACUCAAAGUAGAGCCAAGCAGUUGUGUAUUCCAGGAAAGAAACUAUCCACGGACCUAUGUGAAUGGUAGAAACGUUGGAAAUUCUCAUCCUCCCGCUAAGGGUAGUGCUUUUCAGACAAAGAUACCAUUUAACAGACCUUGAGGACGCAACCUUUCAUUGCAGACAAGUGCUGUUGUUUUAAAAAGCACUGCGGGUGCUACAAAGGUUAUAGCAGUUCAGGCGCAGCAAACUCAAGUGGAGGCACCUCAGACUGGGGCGUGGCGACACAGGUUAAAUUUCCUAGAAGGCCCCCAGCGAUGUGGAUUGAAGCACAAGAGUGAGGAGUUGGAUAAUCAUAGCGCAAUGCAGAUUGUGGAUGAGUUGUCCAUACUUCCUGCAAUGUUGCAAACCAACAUGGGAAAUCCAGUGACAGUUGUGACAACUACCACAGGAACAAAACAGAAUUGUACCACUGGAGAAGGUGACUAUCAGUUAGUACAGCAUGAAGUCUUAUGCUCCAUGAAAAAUACUUAUGAAGUCCUUGAUUUUCUUGGUUGAGGUACUUUUGGCCAGGUAGUCAAAUGCUGGAAAAGAGGGACAAAUGAAAUUGUAGCAAUCAAAAUUUUGAAGAACCACCCUUCUUAUGCACGUCAAGGUCAGAUAGAAGUGAACAUAUUAGCAAGGCUCAGUACUGAAAAUGCUGAUGAAUAUAACUUUGUACAAGCUUAUGAAUGCUUUCAGCACCGUAACCAUACUUGUUUAGUCUUUGAGAUACUGGAACAAAACUUGUAUGACUUUCUGAAACAAAAUAAGUUCAGUCCUCUGCCACUAAAAGUAAUUCGACCCAUUCUUCAGCAAGUGGCCACUGCACUGAAAAAAUUGAAAAGUCUUGGUUUAAUUCACACAGACCUCAAACCAGAGAAUAUUAUGUUGGUGGAUCCUGUUCGACAGCCAUAUAGGGUUAAAGUAAUAGACUUUGGGUCUGCCAGUCACAUAUCAAAGACUGUUUGUUCAACAUAUCUGCAAUCUCGGUACUAUAGAGCUCCAGAGAUUAUAUUGGGGAUGCCAUUUUGUGAAGCCAUAGACAUGUGGUCACUGGGAUGCGUGAUUGCAGAAUUAUUCCUUGGAUGGCCUCUCUACCCAGGAGCCUUGGAGUAUGAUCAGAUUCGAUACAUUUCUCAGACUCAAGGUUGACCAGGAGAACAGUUGUUAAAUGUGGGUACAAAAUCCACAAGAUUUUUUUGCAGAGAAACAGAUAUCUCUCAUUCUGGUUGGAGAUUAAAGACACUGGAAGAACAUGAGGCUGAGACAGGAAUGAAGUCUAAAGAAGCCAGAAAGUGCAUAUUCAACAGUCUAGAUGAUAUAGUACAUGUGAACACAGUGAUGGAUUUGGAAGGAAGUGAUCUUUUGGCUGAGAAAGCUGAUAGAAGAGAAUUUGUUAGUCUGUUGAAAAAAAUGUUGCUGAUUGAUGCAGAUUUAAGAAUUACUCCAGCAGAGACUUUGAACCAUGCUUUUGUUAAUAUGAAACAUCUUCUAGAUUUCCCGCAUAGCAACCGUGUGAAGUCCUGUUUUCAUAUUAUGGAUAUUUGUAAGUCCCAUCCGAAUUCAUGUGACACAAAUAAUCACAAUAAAACUUCACUCUUGAGACCAGUUGCUCCAAGCAGUACUGCUAAUCUGACAGCAAAUUUUACUAAAAUUGGCACAUUAAGAAGUCAGGCAUUAACCACAUCUGUUCAUUCAGUUGUGCACCAUGGGAUUCCUCUGCAGGCUGGAACUGCUCAUUUCGGUUGUGGUGAUGCUUUUCAGCAGACACUGAUUAUCUGUCCACCAGCUAUUCAAGGUAUUCCUGCAACACAUGGUAAACCCACUAGUUAUUCAAUAAGGGUAGAUAAUACAGUACCCCUUGUAACGCAGGCCCCAGCCAUGCAGCCACUACAGAUCCAACCAGGAGUUCUUUCUCAGACAUGGUCUGGUAGAACACAGCAGAUGCUGGUACCUGCCUGGCAACAGAUAACACCCAUGGCUCCUGCUACUACUACAUUAGCUUCUGAGGGUAUGGCUGGUUCACAAAGGCUCGGAGACUGGGGGAAAAUGAUUUCACACAGCAGUCAUUACAGCUCAGUGAUGCCACAACCUCUUCUAACCAAUCAGAUCACCUUAUCAGCCCCUCAGCCAAUUAGUGUGGGCAUUGCACAUGUUGUGUGGCCUCAGCCUGCCACCACCAAGAAAAAUAUACUGUGCCAGAACAGGAGUAAUUCAUUGCAGAAUACCAAUAUCCCACAAUCAGCAUUUAUUUCUCCAAAGAUAGUAAAUGGGAAAGAUGUCGAGGAAGCAAGUUGCAUAGAAACACAGGACAAUCAUAACUCAGAAGGAGAGGCAAGAAAUUGUUGUGAAACUUCUAUCAGGCAGGACUCUGAUUCAUCAGUUUCAGAUAAACAACGGCAAACCAUCAUCAUCGCUGACUCCCCGAGUCCUUCGGUGAGUGUGAUCACCAUUAGCAGUGACACUGAUGAGGAAGAGACGUCGCAGAGACAUUCGCUCAGAGAAUGUAAAGGUAAUCUGGAUUGUGAAGCUUGCCAGAGCACUUUGAAUAUUGAUCGGAUUUGUUCAUUAAGUAGUCCUGAUAGUAUUCUGAGCACCAGCUCCUCAGGGCAGUCCAGCCCAUCCCCUUGCAAGAGACCGAACAGUAUGUCAGAUGAAGAACAGGAAAGUAGUUGUGAUACUGUGGAUGGCUCUCCAACAUCAGACUCUUCAGGACAUGACAAUCCAUUUGCAGAGAGCAGUUUUGUGGUGGAUACUCAUCAAAACACAGAACUGGUAACCUCUGCUGACACAGAAACCAAACCAGCUGUUUGUACUGUUGUGGUGCCACCAAUGGGACUAGAAAAUGGAUUAAAUGCCGAUGAGCAUAUGGCAAACACAGAUUCUGUAUGCCAGCCAUUAAUAAAAGGACGAUCUGCUCCUGGAAGAUUAAACCAGCCUUCCGCAGUAGGUAAUCGUCAGCAAAAAUUGACAUCAGCAUUCCAGCAGCAGCAUUUGAAUUUCAGUCAGGUUCAGCACUUUGGAUCUGGGCAUCAAGAGUGGAAUGGAAACUUUGGACAUCGACGACAGCAAGCUUAUAUCCCUACUAGUGUUACCAGUAAUCCAUUCACUCUUUCUCAUGGAAGUCCUAAUCACACAGCUGUGCAUGUCCAUCUGACUGGAAAUAUGCACCUCGGAGGACAGCCUACUCUACUUCCAUACCCAUACUGCUACCCUACUCUACUUCCAUACCCAACUGCUACCCUCAGCAGUGCUGCACCAGUGGCUCACCUCUUAGGCUCUCCAUGUACCUCAAGACCUAUGUUACAGCAUCCAACUUAUAAUAUCUCCCAUCCGAGUGGCAUAGUUCACCAAGUCCCAGUGGGCAUAAAUCCCCGUCUGUUACCAUCCCCAACCAUUCAUCAGACUCAGUACAAACCAAUCUUCCCACCACAUUCUUACAUUGCAGCAUCACCUGCAUAUACUGGAUUUCCACUGAGUCCAACCAAACUCAGCCAGUAUCCAUAUAUGUGA